AAAAAAUACUCUCUUUUCAAUAUAAUCAUUAGUUGCAGCCCUACAAAGAAUGUCAACAAAAAUACUAAACAGGUACAAGUAGGUAUUAUCAGAGCAAACAGAUUGAAAACCACACCACAGCACCAGCCAAUCACAUUCCUUUGGUUGUUAACUAGUAGAUUUGAUGAAUAAUUUCAAUCUUUGAUGCUAUGAGAUGAACCAGUAAACCAGCCUCUGAGCAGGGUGGAACUAUUCAAGUGCCUCCUAUGGCUGUAUAAAAAGAGGCGUAAUUCUAAUUUAUUUAAUUUAAGUGUAUGCUAUAUAUUAAAUUAUGCAUGUUCUUCUUCUUCUUCUUGUGAGUAAUCAAAAACAGAGAGAGAGGACAGAGAGAAAGAAAAGACAUGCUGAUACAGUACACAGAUAAAAGAAUGGGAAUGAUGAGAAGAGAGUGUAUGGUGUAUGUUCUGAUUGGCUAACAGGAGAGGAGGGGAGCACUGUACAGCGCUGAGCCACAUUUGAAUUCAGGCAGCGUGUCUCAUGCACUACCUACUCUGGCAUGUUGUUUAGCAACAUGGAUGGACAGCAAAAACUGAGAAAAAAGUAAGUAGCUGCAAGCCACAAUACAGUUGUGUGGGUAUCAGGUGAUUGGGGGAACUGAAUAGAGAGAGAGAGAGAGAGAGAGAGAGAGAGAGACAGAGAGAGAGAGAGAGGGCUCCUGGGAGAGACAAUAAUGAGAAGUUGUAAAGGAAUUACUGUGAAGAGAAUAAGGCAAAGAGAGGAGCAUUUGUGAGGAGUUGUUGAGGUGAAGGACUGGCAAAAAAAGUAGAGAGAAAGGGAGGGAGUGCUCAAGCCUCUGCCUAAACAGACUGGAGACAGAGACGCUCACAGAGACGCGGCACUGCUCUCUGCUCUCAUUGGCUGGAGUGGGAGGGAGAGACUGACGCAGGGAAAGUCAGAUGGGAAAAUGACAUUUACGCUGCCGUGAAUCAAUCCUUAAACUCUGAGCCGGUGUGUGUGUGUGUGUGUGUGUGUGUGUGUGUGUAUGUGUGUGUGGGUGUGGGUGUGUGUGUAUGAUAGGAGUGGUAGGGUGUGUAUGUGUGUGAGUGUGUGUGUGUGUGUAUAAAUAAAUAAAGCAGGCUCACAUCAGAGGUAUCAUAGGGAUGAUCACAAGGAUGAGACACACACACCUGAAGCCAGCUAAGUGUGUGGCUGUGGAAUCCCAAGCUGGAGAAGAUUUGAAUCUUUGUUUUUGAAUGUAACACUCAAUCUGUUGGUUCAACUCAUCCACCAGAGGUAGGCUGGAGUUUCUCGGCUCUUGUCUGUGUGCUGUAGAUAUGAGUGGAGUCUAUAUGGACAACACUCUCUCAAGACAAAUCUAAUGGUAACGGAGCUCCCUUCUGGGAAAUUAAUAGCUCUAUGGGAGCUGUGAAGUGACCGGUGCCUCGCUUUGGAUGUUGCCUCAUCUUGACCUCUGGAUGUGCUCUUGAUGCUUUGCUGUGGUCUGGGACACUCGCAGAUAGAACAGUCCACCUAUGGUUCGGUGGACCGUCUGGACUCAGGGGCCACUGAGGAGAAGGAGAAGAAUGCUCAGGUCCAGCUGGAGAAGGCCAAGUCUAAACCUGUUGCGUUUGCUGUACGCACAAACUACACCUACACCCCUGCCGAUGAUGACAAUGUUCCUAUCCCAGGACAUGGAGUUGCCUUUGAGGCUAAAGACUUCCUACAUGUCAAAGAGAAAUUCAAUAAUGACUGGUGGAUCGGGCGGCUGGUGAAAGAAGGUGGGGAAGUGGGUUUCAUUCCCAGCCCAGUCAAUCUGGAGACUAUUCUCAUUCGGAGAGAGGUGCAAGCCAGGAAGGCCGCCAAAGCUCUAGCCAACAAAGCAGCAAGCUCUGCCAAAGAUGAUAUGAACUCGAAGAAAGUCACUCCUCCUCCAUCAGUUCAGCAAGUGAAGAAGAAAUCAGGGGAACAACUGGCAGCAUAUGACGUUGUGCCUUCCAUGCGUCCUGUCGUGCUGAUGGGGCCUUCACUCAAAGGUUACGAGGUUACAGACAUGAUGCAGAAGGCCCUCUUUGAUUUUUUAAAACAUAGAUUUGAAGGAAGAAUAACCAUCACUCGAGUGAUGGCAGACAUUGCUCUUGCUAAGCGGUCAAUCCUAAACAACCCCAGCAAACAUGCUAUAAUGGAUCGCUCCAACACACGCUCUAGCCUUGCUCAGAUCCAAGGGGAGAUUGAGAGGAUCUUUGAGCUUGCGCGUAGCCUGCAGCUGGUGGUUCUGGAUGCAGACACUAUAAACCACCCGCUCCAACUCAGCAAGACCUCCCUGGCCCCAAUUCUCGUCUAUGUCAAGAUCUCCGCUCCCAAGGUUCUUGCCAGGUUGAUAAAGAGCAGAGGAAAGUCCCAGACCAAACACCUCAAUGUUCAGAUGGUGGCUGCAGAUAAACUUGCCCAGUGUCCCAAUGAGCUCUUUGAUGUCAUCUUAGACGAGAACCAGCUGUCAGAUGCCUGUGAGCACAUAGCUGACUACCUGGAGUCUUACUGGAGAGCCACUCACCCCCCAGAGAUGGAGAUAGCCAAACCUGCCCUGGUGCCCACAGAGAGCACACUCCCCAGCAGCCCCACACCUGCUAAGGACGAAUCGAAAAGCAAGAGGAUGAUGGCUUCUAAGAGGAAGGUAUCUCUGGAGAACCAACUGGAGCAUCCCCAGAAUGAGGAGCAGAAAGAGGAUGAAAAAGUGGACGUGAGGGAGGAAGAGGCAGCUGAGGAGGAGCGGCUCCUGAAGAGCGAGCCAAAGAGACCCCAACAUAGCCACCACAACCGUCAUCACCACCAUCACCAUCACCACCGCACCAGCACAGACCACACCGAACAGCACAACCACCACCCUGCCCACUUACAAAACAUGGACAUAGAUAAUGUGGCCAGUAAGAACUCAGAGCCUCAGAGCCAUCAUCUGCUGCUAGAAGAAGAAGAAGGAUUGGACCAAACUGAGGCACACCCAACCCAGACUACAAUCCAAAAAGACCAAAACCACCACCACCGCCAUCACCACCAUCAUCACCGCAAGACCACGGACAUUCACAAUGACUAUGGACAGGACUAUAAGCUGAAGCACAAUCAGCGCAACAAGCAGCAUAGUCAUCAGAGACAGCUACGCCCAUCUAAUGAAGAGAUGCUGCGCUCCCUUCAUGAUCAAACACUGCCUUUACACCAAUAUGAAUCAUCUGAACAUGAACCGCACUACGACCUUGAACACCAAUACCACUACCGUGGCCGUGAGCGAGACAGAGAUAGGAACAAGGAGAGAGACAAUGACAGACAUGAUGAGGCUGGAAACUGGAGCAGAGAUAUGUACAUUCAUUACUGACUGAUGUGGAUUUGCAGUGUGCUGAUGCUGCUAUGUGAAACAUAGGUGUAAUGCCAAUACUUGUACUGUUCAAAGGUCUCACCAAGAGCAUGCACAAUGUAAAACUGCUGUAUAUGCUUAGAAUAUAGUUCUGCAGGUUACCUAAUUAUUUUUCAAAUGUACUGGUAUUUUAAAAACAUUUAUUACAGCUAAUUAAUCUAAAUAUUUUACAUGGCAGUCUAUUUAAUUUUCUUACCCGAAUGGUUUAACAUUAAAUACUGCUAAGGACAGUGCUUAGCAAGAACAAUCAGUCAAGAACAAAGCGUCUUUUCACUUAUAUCUACACUAUAUGGCCAAAAGUAUGUGGACACCUGACCAUCACACCCACAUGUGAGCCUUCCCUAAACUGCUGGCACAAAGUUGGAAGCACACAAUAGUCUAGGAUGUCUUUGUAUGGUAUAACAUUACAAUUUCCCUUCACUGGAAUUAAGAGGCCCAAACAUGUUCCAGCAUGACAGUGCCCCUGUGCACAAAGCGAGCUUCAUGAAGACAUGGUUUGCCAAGGCUGAUGCAGAAGAACUCAAGUGGCCUGCACAGAGCUCUGACUUCAGCCACACUAAACACUAUUGUGUUGGAUGAACUGGAAUGCCUACUGCGUGCCAGCCCUCCUCGGCUGACGUCUGUGCCCAGCCUCAAUAAUGCUUUUGUGGCUGAAUGGGCAAAUCCCCACAGCCACAUUGCAGAAUCUAGUGAAAAGCCUUCCCAAAAGAGUGGUGGUUGUUAUAACAGCAAAGGGGGACUAAAUCUGGAAUGGGAUGUUCAACAAGCACAUAUAGGUGUGACUGGUCAGGUGUCCACAAACUUUUGGCCAUACCUGGCAUUUCCAUUUUAGCCAUUUUACAAAAGUUUCUCCCAUCUAAUAGGAGUGUAAUCUCCUAAAAACAAAUGUGAAAUAACAACAUUAGACUAGCUUUUGCUUUAUCUGCCUUAAGAAACCUCUGAGAAACCUCUUUCUCUACCUAUAUUUUGACAAAGCACUUUUUUCUGGAUAUUUGUAUUUAUUUUCCACAAUCUGGCUUCUCAAUGAUCUAAUCAUCAGACUACUGAAACCCAUUUCUGGCACUUAAAGAAAAGACAAAAUAAUGCAAAGUCAUUUUCCAAAUUUGUUAACAAAUUAAUAAAUUAUGACUUAGUAUUAGUGUGGAAAAGUUGGUUCUAUACAUGCACCACAGCUCAAUUUUUCCAGCAUUUAAAGAAAAAUAAAAAAUAAAAAAAACCAACAGAAUAUAUGUAUAUACAGAAUGUUGAUUUUUUUUUAAUUGUCUUUAAAUGCUGGAAAGAUGGAAAAAUAAUCAGUAGAUUAUUAUCAAUUGUUCUAUCACUAAUUCAGUAAACACCUGACAUGCUAACCAACAACUUUUUACUGGUAGGCUAAUCAUGCUAGCUUGAAUCUAAAAAUUAAAUAAACUUGCACAUAAAUAGUGGCUCAGAGGAUACUGAUGGGACUUUUGGCACAGUACAGCUAUUGGCAUUACAAUAUGCACUUUGUUUGUGUUCUCUCUCACUUCUCACUUAUAUGUCUUUCAUUCUCUCACCUUUAAUCUUUCUUUCAGUCAUUCUCAGCCCCUCAUGCCUUCUGAGGCUGAUCAUAUAGCAGUUACCUGUUCCGUUCUGAUCAUUUCAAUAAAUAUGGUGCCAUUGCAUACUUCUGAAAUUCUGUAUGCAUUGCAUCAUAAUAUUGCACUUUUUUUUUUUUUUUUUUUUUUUUUUAAACCAACUACUGUGAUACUGUUGUAUGUGUUUUAACCAUUACUGUAUUUUUCUGGAAAUUUAUUUUAUUAUAUUGGUAAGAAUCAGAAACAAGAACUAGUACAGUAGCUCUGAAUUUUGCCCUGGAAGUCCUCUGAUUUUGCACUAAUAUUGAUUUCUGAUAAGGAUUGAAGUAUUUGCACACUUUCAAUAUAGUCCCAGGGCAUAACCUUUACUCCCCUGACACAGAUGACAGAAGUCGUUUAUUUUUUCUUUGCCUUAAUAUGGUAGAUUUGUUAAUUCUCAAAUUAUAAUAGGCCAUUCUCAAGAUCUAAUAAAGGCGAUCUUAACACAAACUUAACAUGAACAUUAGCCUAUUACAGUAUGUUAGCACACUGCUUUGUUUGUAGCAUUGGUUUGUGUAAUUGGUUUGUGUAAUAAAUAUUGUGCAAAUGAAAUAUGAUAGUGUUUUCACACUUCAGUGUGUGCCCCUUUUUCCUUUUGAUGUAGUAACAUAAACUCCAAUAGCGCAAUCUAGUUUAUUUCAUUGUUUUUACAGUCAUCCCAGUUUUGUAAUUCAUCUCAGAUUGUACAACAUUUUUGACACAACUUGAAGCACUGCUCUUGUUUUCAGGCCUAGAGAAUUACUCUAUGCAUAAAUUUGUGAUAAUUUCUAUGCAUUUGUGUAUACCUCAUUAAUGCCUUGGUAGAUUUGGAUUGAUAAUGAAUAGAAGUUAGUAUGUGCUGUAAUAUCCUAUUUAUCAUAUUAAACUUGCUAGAAUGGU